GAUAAACAAAACAACGUGCUGUUGUUAAUUUUAUAAAACUUAAAAAAACCCGAUUUAAUAAAUUUAUAAAGAUGCCUCAGGGAAAGUUCAAGAAGGCUAAAGUUCCCGCCUCCAUACAGAAGCAGAAAAAGCAAAAAAAGGCCGCCUUCACCCGCCGUGCCAAUGCUCCCAUCCAGGCCAAGAAGGCCAAGUUCAAUGAGACACAGAAGAUCAAGGCCGUCAUUUCAAAGUCUGUCAACAAGAAUGUAGAGAGCGAGCUGCGGUCCCGAGCCCAUGAAGGCUACAUCCAGCUGAGUAAGGCUCAGGAGGCGGUGGCGAAACACCAUGCCACUCAGGCUGCAGCUGCCGCGGCGGCCAGCACCAGCAAAUCAUCAUAGUUUUGAUUUAGGUUU